CACCCAGCGACUCUCACCACCAACAACACCAACAACAACACCGCUCCCAUCACUCCAUCACUACCAACAACACUUCACUCCACCACCCCCAACAACCUUCAUCAACAUGACUGGACGCGGCAAAGGUGGCAAGGGUCUCGGCAAGGGUGGUGCCAAGCGUCACCGCAAGAUCUUGCGUGACAACAUCCAGGGUAUCACAAAGCCCGCUAUCCGCCGUCUCGCACGUCGUGGUGGUGUCAAGCGUAUCUCAGCCAUGAUCUACGAAGAGACCCGUGGUGUUCUCAAGACCUUCCUCGAGGGUGUUAUUCGCGACGCAGUCACAUACACAGAGCACGCCAAGCGCAAGACCGUCACCUCGCUCGAUGUGGUCUACGCUCUCAAGCGUCAAGGUCGCACCCUUUACGGUUUCGGUGGUUAAGCGAUUGGUUUGGGGGUUCUUUCAAGAUUUGCAUGGUUUUUACGACACUCAAGAUAUCCAUCAGCAUGAUGCUGCGGCACAGAGGCCGGCGAUGGAUAUGGCGCGAUACGGAUGGGUUUUUUGGCAGCAAGCAAUUCAGCUUCGCUUUGGGCGCUGUAUCAUAAUGAGAACAACGGCGGGCGUUCCAUGGUGAGAAUCAGCAGCCGCGAUAUCAAAUGACAAUGAUACCAACACUUCAAACAUGUGC